AUGGCUCUUUCGACCCAUACCACCACCACAGGAUUCUUGCUUCCUUCUAUUCAUUCUGCCCCGCCUUUCUUCACGCAACAACCUCACCCUACCAGUCUCUCGAUUGCUACCGAACAAUGGAUACAAAUCAUCCUCAAAUAUUCAAGACAUAGAAGGUUAUUUACGAUUAGGGUAGAGGACUCGGAAACAACAGGACACGAUUGGGACGAAGUGUUGAGGAACGAACGUAUAAAUCGAAAGGUUCUUCCUUCGUACUUAUCCUACAUCCUUGCGCAGAUGGUGUCCCAGAAACUUGCAGCGUAUGAGCCUCCGAAGCAAGAUAGGUCGGUUCUGAUAUACUGGCGCUUGCCUGAGGAAUGGGCAGAAGUCCUACACGAAUGGGUAUCAUCAACCGGACACCUGAAUACAAUAAUGACUUUCUACGAGAUCACGGACCCUCCGAUUGAAUCACCGUUAUCUGGACUACCUAUUCCCCUUCUGCGACAAGCUAUCACUAUACUAUCUAAGACUAAUCGGGCGCAAAUGAUAGCUAUUGCCGAUGGUGAAGGUGUAAGAUUUUUCCCAUCCACAGGCAAAGCAUAG